AUGGGUCAUGGGUGGGUUGGCAAGCCUCCCCUCAGCCCCAUCGUCCGCGAGCUCUCUGCCCAGUUCGUCCAUCUCAACCGCGCCGCCCAAUCCAACAUCACCCUCCCCCUCCGCCGCUCAAUCUGGAACUGGAUUGAGACCUACCCCAACAAGUAUGCCGCCCUUGUCCGCUCAAAUGGCCGGCUCAAGGGCGCCCCCGAGAUCCUCUUCGACGUCGCCCAGGGCCCCUCCGAGAGCGGUAAGAAGCGCGCCUACACCUGGCCCAUGAUGGCCAUGCACCUUGCCGUCUGUCCCAAAAUUGUCCUCAAGAUCACCGUCGGCGACCGCAAUCGCUUCCAGGUCACCGCCCGAAGGCCGCCUUCAUUCGUGCCAUCCGGGAGAGGCCCGCCGUUACAGCACACAGGGCACUUGUCGCACGAGCUCAACUCGCGACUGGCCUCCGCGGCAGAGAUCAACCCGGACGACCUGGAGAUGUUCGUGUAUCUGACCGUCCUGCUGGUGAACAACCAGAACCCGCAGCCGAUCCGGCAGGCGGCAAUGACCGUCCUGCGCGCCUACCACCAGCCAAGCAGCGCCCCCACCCGCCCUCCCGACGACCCCUCCUGCACCUCGAUCCCCCCCGGCCUCAAGCUCCCCCUCGGCCUCAGACAGACCCGCGCCAUAUUCAAGUACCAGGGGUGA